CGUACUGGCAGCUAGUAGUGGUUUGCCGCUCCGCUCGACCGCCCGUGCAUGUGUGCGUGUGCGUGGGUGUGGGUGUGUGUGAUGUGCACGCGCGCGCGAGCGAGCGCAAAACGGGAAAUGUGUACGUAAGAACGGCUUUCCUGUGCGCAUGGCGACGUGUUGGUCGCUCUUCAGGCCCGUUUCAUCAGCGCGUCGCUCAUUUUCAGGCCGCCGGUGGUCUUCAUGUGCGAGACGUUGAUCAUUCGAGGACACCAAGUUAGCUAUUGGCACGAGCCAAGAGCAGCCUCCGCCAUUUUCGCCGUCCCCGUGAGAAGCCUGAUGAGACCCACCGGUGUCUCGCAUAGUGGUUCUCGCGGCUGACGCUUACGACCGCGCCUCUAAAUUCCGCAAACACCAACACGCGACCCGCAGCGAAAUAUUGCCCAUCAUAUUAUCAUCGUUCUGGCGACGUCACCGUUCUGGCGGUCGUUUCCUCAUUAACGCUCGUCACUUGAUGUUUGCGUCGAGCUGGCCGCGAGUGUACAUGUGCUGAAUGUGCGCGCAUACGUGUGACAGCGGGUACACGUGGAGGUGCGUCAGUGAGAAACGGCGGCUACGACGACGCCACUGUAUGUGCGCCGCAUACCAGUGAGGCCCCGGGCCCGGUAUCGCGAAGAAGGGGAAUAGAGAGAAGUCUAGAGCUAGCUGAAAGGAAGCGACGUUGAGACGGACAGAGAAGGGAACGGGAAAGAGGUGCGAGGGGAAGAAAACGUAAGAGCGGCAGAGAGACAGAGAGAGGUACGAGAGAAAAAAAGAGAAAGAACGAAGCGGCCCGAUAUUGGUGGGGGACUCGUAAGAAGGUAGCCAUAAUGGCCUGACGCGAUCUCGAGCGAGCGGCUACAGCUGCUGUGAAAUAUCCGCGCCGCCGAGCUCCUCUCGCUGUUGCCGCGCGAGCAUAUUUUGCAACAUCGUGCGGCGACGACGUAUACGCGAAGGUACACCGCCUCUGCCGUCUUUGGAAAGCGACUAUACCAGAGAAACCGGGUGGAGUCCCAUUCGCCGCUGUUACGCGAAUGUGUCGUGUACUUUAAUACACACAAUGAGUUCUCGUGUCACGUUCGUGAUUCGAUACCGCGCGUAGAAAGCAGCAAGCUGCGUUGCCUGGUAAUUAACGCUCGAGUAGAUCCGACUCACGAUCGUGAUCUCCGGUUUUUGUCCGUGCGGUUAAGCCCGGUUAAAUCCCGUUCGAUAAAUCAGUCACGUAUUGUUAAAGAUGAGGGGAGCUAAUCAAGAUACAGCAACACCGUACUGUCGGUGUAGAGUACUCUACCUGGGUAGCUCGGUACCUCAUGCGAGCAAAGAGGGCCUCCUGGGCGUCCAGGAGCCUCUGAGGGAACUAUACCCCGAACAAGGUGCAUUGGGUGCACGUGGGAUCGACUCCUGGCUGAGUGUGUGGAGCAAUGGUCUGCUGCUGGAGAACGUUGACGAACAUCGGAAAAAGGUCACACGAUUCUUUCCCAUCGAGGCGCUCCAUUAUUGCGCCGCGGUGCGACACGUUAAAGGUGGGAACGGCGAUGCUUCCAACACGCGAUUCCUGCCGUUGGACUCGCCGUUCGCACGAACGCCCAGCGCCAAUCACCCGCCCUUGUUCGCCGCCGUGCUGCGGAGGACGACUGGCAUCAAGGUCCUUGAAUGUCACGCGUUCAUCUGCAAGCGGGACAUGGCGGCUAACGCCCUGGUAAGAUGUUGUUUUCACGCUUAUGCAGACAGCAGCUACGCGAAAGGUCUAGAGCCGUCGUCGGCAACGACCAACGGGGUCAUGCCAGGUCAUCAGUCGAACAAUAGCCUGUACCAUACCCUGGGCGGUUCAAGCACUACCUUAGACAGUCCUCAGGCAACCCGUCUGGAUGCGACAUCGACCGACGACCUCAGUCUGUACAACGGCGACGAGAAUCACAAAGUGUGGGCAAGGGGUCGCGAUGAAGUCGACGGUCUUUAUCAGGAACAAGGCACUCUGAGAAGUACCAAGGGAUCCAGACCGCGUCAAUUAGUCGCACCACCGCCGCCACCUCCACCACCACCCCCUCCCGCUCAACCGUUGUUACUCGAGGAAUCCGCCUCCUCAUCCGCGCGAAGAAAAACCAAUAAGAAACUCAAGAAGAUGAAGAAUCGUUCGUUGCACGAGGAUGCCUUGCAGCAGCAACAACAGCAACAGCUCCUACACCAUCAAAUGCAUCAAGGCGUGUACACCAAUGGCCAUGGGCAUCACACUUUGGGCCACCCCAUCAGGCAGCAACACUACCAUCCCCAUCCGCUACCACCCAGCAGUCGAUCUGUCGCCGGUACCUUAGCCAGACCGGCGCCGGUUCUGUUGGUACCAGCAGCCACCUUACCGCGGAAAAGCCAUCAUCACCCGCGCUUAAGGCCCAUUCCGGCGGCAGCACCCAUAGUCCCAGUCUAUGCUCCUUUGCCGGUAGUACCGCCAUCCGCAGCACCAGCGGCUGCCAUUUAUCCAGCGGGCUCGUAUGGCACCGCUGGAAACAGAAGCAGAAGACAUCCGGAGACAGAUAACUCUACUUUAGGCACGUCCAGACGGUUAGCCGCUUCUCAUGCCGACCUCACCGUGCCAGAAGUUGCACGAGCGGCAGACAGUCCGGAAAACGAGUCUCGUUUUGGUACCGGGAUAUACCGGCGGAAGGGUCACCUGAACGAGAGAGCCUUUUCUUACAGCAUUCGAGCGGAACACCGAAGUAGAAGUCACGGCAGUCUGGCUUCCCUUGGCUUCAGCGCCCAGAACGGGAAUGCACUGCCCAAGGAAGAGAAGAAGGAUCGCGAAAUCGCUCAACUGGUCGCCGGAUUGAAUCUUAAUGAGGGACCAGAACGAACACAGACCUCGAAUUCGAGGGGAGGGUAUCCCAAUCAUCAUCAACAACAACAAAUGCAACCGUUGCCCAGGCCGAGACCCCGUUAGAAUCAUUGCUCAAGACUGACCUCUUUUUUAGUGGUUAUCUUGAACUUCCUAACUGAUCCAGAGUGACUUUUGGAUGUCUUUCGGAAACAGAAAUCCUUUAUUCAAAAUAUCGCAGUGUUUUUCGUAGCCUUGGCAUUAAAUUGACAUAUUUACUUUGUAAAAUGUUUUAUUUUACCAGGUGCAUCGUCGCAAAUUUGUUCACCAAUUACAUUACGCGACUUGCCUACCCUCUUUCGUCACAAAUUGGAAUAUCAUAAACAGGCAAGACGUGUCGCGUUCCUUUCACGCAUACCACUGGUUGUCGACAAUCACAACGUGAAUUGUAACGAAAAUCUUCCGUGGAAUUCUCUCUUCUUUUAUUAUUCAGCGAUGUAGACAAUUGCUCGAAGUGAGUUUUGCUUUUUUUCCGGUCGAAUGCACUGACGCAAGAGCAACUUCGUCUAGAUUAACAAAUAUUUUAUUGCGGCUUACCUCUUCAAGCGUAACACCUGCGAUAUGGUAACGAACGAUUUUAUGUUCCGUCAUUGUGUCACGUGGAAAAGAUUACAUUGCGAAACGUUGCAAGUAUAUAGUUUUUGCCUGACAGUGUUUCUCUCAGCAUACAUGUAUAUCUUUAGUUUUAUUCUCAAAUAAUUCCAUUUCUCAAAUAAUUUUCGAUCACAAUUCCGUUUUUAAAGAAAGAAAGAACACACUUUGAUUUCUCUCCUCGGUUUUGCCGUUUUUAACUUAAUUUCAUAUCUGGUGGAAGUAGCUCAUUAAACUAGAUGAGUAUUCUCAGAUGUAAAAAUGAAAAAUCAGUGAAAUUUCUUAGAUCAUACGAUGACAUAACACUACGAGAAACAUAAUGACCUUCUCGUUGCAGGACGAGCCAAUUAGGCGGUAAUUAUUGUCGCCUUAUGAGAGAGCAGUUCUGCUGUCUGAAGCUCAUUAGACGAAAGAACGUAGCAUGGAAGAGAGACUGCCGUGUGUUGUUUCCUCUGUGAAAACGAGUCGGAAACUUGGUGAAAAGUCCCAAUGUCGUCGACAUUGAAAGUAAUUCCUUUAGCCUUUCUAAUAUCUGCAAAUACGAAUAAAACGCCUAAUAAUAGCUUCUUAAUUUUGAAUCAAAUAAAUGUUCUUAAUUUCUAUAAUCAAAUAAAACUCUCGUCUCUUUUCUCAAGUAACAUUAUUCUGAAAGAGAAACAAUUUACUCCAUGAGUUUCUUCCGUAAAAUUUAUUAUGAAAUUUUUUCUUUUUUUCUUUUCUUUUUAUAUUUUCUUCAAAUUUCGAGCUUCAAAAAUAAUUGCCAGCCAUGUAUACAAUAAUCUUUCGAAAAUGCGUCAAGAAAAGAUCGCGACUGCAAUGUUUGCAUCCAAAACAAAGAAAACAUUCAUUUAUAUAAAGAAAACCAAAACAUUGCGGAACGAAGCUACGUACAUAUCCAAAAAAGUUGCGAACAAAUAAUGGCAGAAGUAUCAUUCUUGAUCAUAUGCAUGCAUAUGCGUGCGCCGCUCCAUUCAGACACUUGUAAAUUCAUCAAUUUCACCAAAAAAUGCCAUCAAAAUGCUUUAAAGACGUAUCUUGGCCUAAAUGAGAUCCAAAACUCGGAAGAAAUGCAAAAGAAAAUUGAAAAUUUGUAAGUUCUACAUAAAAUAACGCCCUUAAAAUCGGCUGUAUGAUCGCACACAUGCGACAUCAGCUUCGAUUUACAUGUAUCGGAAAAGAGAAUUAAAUAAUCCAAGUCAUAAACUGUGCUACGCGAAAAGUAGAUAAAAUCAAUCAGGUUGUCACUAUUUACAUUAGCAUUCGCAAUACGCCGCAUACAUAUUAUGUCGACCGAGAAUACAGUGUCCUUGUUUAUGACAUUUUACGGUCACUCGCGUUUGCUGAACUUUUAUCGCAAUGCAUUAUUAUCAACUUCGUAAGAACGCGAAAAGAAGAGAGAAAGAAUAAUAUAUAACAGCCUUGCUGAUAUCGGCGUUGAGCUUAUAGCGUCCAAGAAAACAAUUAUCAAACAAUAGGUCGUAUAAGUGUGUCGUAUCCUAGUUAUCGUGUGUUCGAACAAUUUAUCUUUAUUAUCACCGACCGAACGAUUACACGUGAUGUUCAAUUCCAAAGUUGUAGCGAAUCACUUCGGAACUGGUAAAAUUUCCCUUUGAAUGCAAUUAGCGCGCUUGACAUUUCGCGUGUACCGUAAAGAAUCUUGCAUACAAAUAUUAAAAUUCCCUUGUGUGUUACCAAUUUUUUAUUAUUAUUUCAAUAUAAAAUUAACAAAUAAUUCAUGUUAUUAUUUUCGUGACGUUUUAAUAUGUUACAUUAAAAGCGGCUUCGUAACUUAACAAGUUUUGUAUGUUAUCUAAAAACGAAAUUAUUUUGAGUUAUUUCAACACGAUUAUUUAAAAGAAUCAAUUUUUUUAAAAAGUCACUUUGAUAUUAAUAAAAGUUAAAGUACACAAUAAUACACAUUAAUACAUAAUACAUAUGUAUUUAACAUAUGUUUGUGUUAUUUCAAAACGUUAUUCAACAUACGUAAGUGCUCAAGUAGCACUUGUAGUAUUAAGAUUACACAUUUUAUAUUCUAAUGUAGAUUAACAUAUUAUAAAUGUUAAUUUUACUGAAAAGUUAUGUUUUUGUCUUCUUACAAUAUAUACAACAUGGAGCGUCUGUUGCAACAUAUGUGUAUGUCUGCAGUCAGACUAGAAAUAGUGUAGUAGAUAAAGUAGACGACUCAAGAAGUCAGAUUUCUCAAGUUUAAUUCCAUCCGUGGCCAGUUUUUCAAACAUUAAAAUUGAUUUAAUUAAAUGUUACAUAAUUAAGAAGAUUUUAUAGAGAAAAUUAUAGAGAUCUCUCUUGAAAAUAAUAUGAUAAAAAAGAAGUGGGAAUUAAAAUAUUUUUGUCGUUAUAAAAAUAAUAUUUUUUUUAUAUUUUGAUAUUUGACAUUAUAUGUGAAUUUUAUACAAAAUUUUUUUGAAGAUAGUGUUUGUGUUACUUUUUUACAUAAUAUUUUGUGUUUUUCUAACAUCCGCUUUAUGUUAAAUUAACAUGAAAAUUUGAAUAGGCUUUCUGGGACUUGCGGAUGUAACGUAAAAUGGAGGAACAACUCCAUCGUGUAUUGGCGAGAAUGUUCUUUUGAUGAUAAAAUGACUGUGCUGUAUUAUAAAUCGCGCAUUAAUCUUGCAGGCGAUAGCAACACAAAUGCGCUCACCGAUUAAAAAUACCUGAUGCGCCGACGUUCUUUCGCGUACACGUCAACGGCGACGAUCUUAAUCGUUCAACCGCUGUAAUUAACACUCUCGUUUCUUUCUUUUAAUCGCUUUACCACGGUUACACAAUUGACCGAUUCUCAAUGUCGUCCACGAAACUCGCCUAAACGCGAUUGCUCAAAAUUUGAGAGGACAGUCGCUCUUUUGUCAUUUGAUAGUAAAUGCUCGCUGAAGCUAAAAAUAAGUGAUGAGCCGCAAGGUUUUUAAAUGAUUCAUGUACAUAUUAGUAUUCGGUAAAUAGCGAUCAGCGCACUACGUAAGAACAAUUAUCUGCCAUUACGCAAGUCGGACGUAGCAUUCAAAUGCUCCACGCAGAAGCGUUUCUCCUUCGAUCGGCACUUCAUCGAGCGCGUCGAUUACGAGCGAUAAAAAAGGACUUUGCCUUUCGCCACGAAUUUCUCCGAGCGAUGCGAUAGCUGUUACGUGAGAAAAUAUCGGUGCAGAAUUCAAGAGAACGAAAAAGAUCCUACGCAUUUCUAGUUUUGCUAAAAUGUAAUUAAAAUUUGAAAUAUAUUAUCACACGCGCGCUUCUUAAAAAUGUGAAACAAUUGAAGAUAACUUUUUAGUGAUAUUCCUCUGGCACUUUAUUGCGAAAAGAGAAAGAGAGAGAGGAAAUCUUAGGUAAGCUACCAAUGCGUCACUUGCGACGCGAAUAUUACAUAAUCGCCACAUUCGCUCCAAAUUAGCAUUCAACUGGAAAAAUAGCAUGUAAAACAAUUCGUGUACGCGAUCAAGAACAAGAGAAACAACUAAUUUCGAAAAAAAGAAAAAGAAUCAAAUAACUAUUAAUCGAUGCGUGUCUUCGAGCGGAAAAUUGCAACAAUAUGUAGGCAUCGCUGAUAUGUCACCGCUGCUUCACGGCGAAAGCAUUAUGUGAAACGAAAGGCAGCAAACGGCGUCUUUUCGAAACGACACGAGUCACCUUUACGAUUGUUUCAGUAAAAAAUAGUAGAAAAAGAAUCGUGAGUCACAUCGUCAACCACAUAUCCGACGAGCGAUAAAACGCUAUUUCUCUCUGUCAACAGAUUACCCGAGUGAAAAAAGAACACGUUUAAAUGAAGAUGUGCCAGUGUAGAGGAAAAAAAAGAAUUCCACGCCACUGAUUAUUAUCGCGCACACCGGUCGUACCGCGAAGAAUGCACACCGUAUUACUCAUCCAAUUGUCGUUACCACGUUGUUUCCACGCCAAGGCUGCUACACGAUCAUAAAGUUCCCUCGGUCUUUUUUCUUUUAUCCUUAUUUCUACCACGUGCUUUUCCCGGACAUUCGUCCGAUCUCGCGUGAAGAUAAAAUAAAAUCUCUGAUAAAGCAAAAGUGCAUCCACUAUUUUUUAACGAUAUCGGAUAAAAAUCAUGGUGUGUAUAUAUAUAUAUAUAUAUAUACAGGGUGUCCCACAACUGGUAGAACCCGUUAGGGGUAGGUAGGGGAUGCAAUUUGGAACUGAAAGUUCCUCUUCCAUUUUUGAAUCAGACAAUUAGUUAAUGAGAUAUUAAUCAAUUAAGUCUACCAAUUCCUUAGCAUCCUGAGUGAAUGCUCAGGGACGUAAGACGUGGACUCCUCAGGGGCCCUGUUUGUCUGUUUUUCUCCCCUUUUUGUACACACACACUAAAAUCAUUCACAAUACUCAACCACCGACAUGCAAAAAACAUUUAAGUCACCCGCGCUCUCGAAGGAAGCAUACAACACAUGCCCUCCUCCUCCGGCACAUAAAGUGCAAUUACUCCGCUCACUUGCACUAAAAAUAUUCAAAUUAUCUAUGCACUCAUAACCGCACACAAAAACAUCCAUACAUCACCCCCACACAUUGAAAACUUGCCACCCUCUAGCCCCGGUCAGGCACCCAUCCACACAUUCACUCACUCACUCAUUCAUCCAUAUUUAUUUCUCUGUGAUACAAAAAAGGGAAAAAAAGUCAGACUCCUAACAAUACAGACAAGCAGGGCCCCUAAGGAGUCCAUGGCGUCUUACAGCACUAAGCGCUCACUCGGGGCGCAAAGGGAUUGGCAGAUUUAAUUAAUAUAUAUUAAUUAACUAAUUGUCGGAUCCAAAAAUGGAAGAGGAACUUUCAGUUCCAAAUUUCAUCCCCUACCUACCCCUAACGGAUGUUUUACCAGUUGUGGGACACCCUAU